AUGCGUAGACACCUUCAGGAGUGCCCGAAAUUAAAAGUGGUGCAGAAAGGUCAAUUAAAGUUGAAUGCUAUGCCUGGAAAAUCAGAUGGUGCAUCAGGUAUUCUAAAUUGGAAGUUUGAUAUGACUAGGAUGAGAGAGGUUAUUCCUCAUAUGAACAUGGUUCAUGAGUUGCCAUUUAGUUUUGUUGAGUAUGAUCUCUUUAAUGUGUUGAUGAAGGAAGCUAAUCCAUCAUAUACCAAGAUCUCACGUGCAAUGGUUAAGCAAGAUUGUAUAUCUGCUUAUGGAAUUGCAAGAAAAAGAAUUCAAAAAUUGUUAAAUUUAGUCAAUAGUUAUAGCAUUACAACUGAUAUGUGGACAUUAAUUCAGAAUAUUCAUUACAUGGUUGUUACAUGCCACUUUGUUGAUUCAGAUUUUAAGCUACAUAAAUGCAUACUGAAUUUUGUUGAGGUUGUUACUUUAACCGUUGAUAAUGCUAAAACUAAUGAUGUGGUGGCUAAGAAGUUAAUGGAAAACGUGUCUAUUCAAAAGAAGUUUUCGAUUGAUGGAAAAAUGUUUCAUGUGCGUUGUUGUGCACAUAUUCUGAAUUUGUUAGUACAGGAUGGUUUAACAAAGAUUAAAGACAUAAUUCACAAUGUUCGUGAAAGUGUGAAACGCGUGAGUGCAUCUCCGGGUCGAUUGCAUACCUUUAGUGAGCUUUCUAAGCAAUUACAAAUGCCAAAGAAGCAUCUAAUCUUAGACGUUAGUACUCUGUGGAAUGCCACAUAUGCUAUGUUAUCCACAGCUUUUGAGUUUAAAAAAGUGUUUGUGAAUUAUGCCGAGCGGGAAUCUACAUGCAAAACUUUGCCUAGUGAAGAAGAUUGGCAAAAAGUUGAAGAUGUUUGCCAUUUUUUGGGACUUUUCAACGAGGCCACAAAAGUUAUUUCAGGCUCUGAGUAUCCAACAUCCAACUUAUUUCUUCAAGAGUUAUACGAGAUAAAAGAAGCUAUGGAUGAUUUAUUUUUGGAUGAAGGUGACUGGAUGAAAGAUAUGGUUGCUGAGAUGAAUUUGAAAUUUAAUAAGUAUUGGGGUGAAUGUAAUUUGUUGAUUCCAAUUGGUGCUGUUCUGGAUCCUAGAUUCAAGAUGAAAUUAAUUAAAUUUUCUUUUAAAGCCAUUUAUGAUGCUGAAAAGGCUGAAGAAGAGAUUAAGUUAGUUGAAGAAACUUUGAAUGAAUUGUUUAAAGAGUAUGUUGAGGCUUGUAAGGAGCCUAAUGCUGGCUCAUCUACAAGUUCAAAUAUUGGUAGUGGUCAAACUGGGAGCAGUAGUAUACCUAGUAGUUCUAUCUUUACCACUUCUAGAUUUGGUAGGGGUAUCAAGACCGGUAGUGCUAAAUAUGAGCAACAUAUUAGAAGUGUUGAUUGUGUUGAAAGUGUGAAGUCGGAAUUACUCACUUAUCUUGAAGAAGGCGUAUUGAUUCCUGAACCAGGUGAGCAUUUUGAUGCAUUGGAGUGGUGGAAGAAUAACAAACUCAAGUAUAAAAUUUUAUCCAAAAUGGCUGCUGAAAUUUUAGCAAUUCCACUCACCACAGUUGCCUCAGAAUCAGCUUUCAGUGCCGGUGGGAGGGUUAUUGAUCCACAUCGCGCCUCUUUAGGAACUAAGAUGGUGGAUAUGCUUAUUUGUGGGGCUGAUUGGUAUCGUCAUUAUUAUGGGUUGCAAAAGAAGAAAAAGAAGAAUCUUUUGAACGGUGUUUAUGUUAAUUUUAGUUUAUCUAUUGGAAGAAUGAAGUUGAAUGUUAUGGAUAAUUGA